CGACCUCUGAGAGCAGAUGCUGAUCCUGGCUGGCCAGGUCUCUGGUCCUCUCCUGUAGUACUUCUGCAGUCUCUGGUCAUCUCCUGUACUGUGUCCGCAGUCUCUGGUCAUCUCCUGUACUAUGUCUGCAGUCUCUGGUCAUCUCCUGUACUAUGUCUGCAGUCUCUGGUCAUCUCCUGUAGUAUGUCUGCAGUCUCUGGUCAUCUCCUGUACUAUGUCUGCAGUCUCUGGUCAUCUCCUGUAGUACGUCUGCAGUCUCUGGUCAUCUCCUGUAGUACGUCUGCAGUCUCUGGUCCUCUCCUGUAGUAUGUGUUUUAAUGUGGCAGUUUACUUGCUCAAUUAUUUGGGAUUGCUCCACUGCUGAGUGAGCGUUAAUGAUGUGCAGUAACCUCUAGCAACCAGUCAGUGAACAGCAGUUAUCUGCUGUAAUUUCUAGCAACCAAUCAGCAGUAAUGAUGUGCUGUAACCUUUAGUACCCAAUCACUAAGCGGUAAAGAUGUGCUGUAACCUCUAGCACCCAAUCGCUAAGCA